AUGGCCACCCAGAGUGCUUCAGCGGUCUCUGGCACAGAAGUACUGAAGGACAGUUUUAUUCCUCUGUUUGACGGGAAGCCCUCCAGCUACAAGGAAUAUCGCCAGCGCCUUCAGCUUUAUAAGAAGAAGGCGAAGCUCAACAAAAAGCUGCCCGAAGCUACAAUCAACCUGCUUACUUCCUUGACAGGCGCUGCCUGGCGUCAAGUACAGCACUUGGCGGAGACAGCCCCCGAUGCAGAAGAUGGCUUUGAUCAGGUUGUGAAGGCUUUGGACACGGCCUUUCAGUACGAUGAGCGCGUUGAGAUGCCAAAAGCACUGGAUCGGUAUUUUUAUGGUGGCUCUAGACGUCCCGAACAGACCCUGCUGCAGUACUGUGGUGAGCAUCGCGACGCUCUGCGUGAAGUGCAGAAACAUGGGAUUGUAAUCCCGACACAGGUGGAUGCAUGGAUCCUCCUUCGCCGUGCCGGCUUGACACAGGAGCAGCGUCAGCUCAUUCAGUCGCAAGCUGGAACGAAGCUUGAGGCAGACAAGGUUGAGCAGGCGAUGUAUUAUCUCUUGGGACAAGAUUAUCGUUCUGCUGUACGGGCUCCUCUCUCCAAGUCGUGGUCCCGUCACGCUGGCCGUGCGGGGUACUCUUCGUCAGGGUGGCGCCGGCCUGCUACCUCCUAUUCUGCCGAGGAAGACUCACAUGUGACCGGUGAUUGGGAUCUCGCCUUUGAGGCAGAAGAGGCCUAUACUGGACACGACUUCGUCGAGGAGGAUGGUGGCGCCAUUCCCCUCGAUGACGACGCCGACCAGUCGUACUUGGAUGACGAGCACUGGGACGAGAGCGCCUUCUACGAGGAGGAACAGUGGGACGAAGGAGAAGAGGAUGAUCAGUUCGAGGAGGCCUAUGCCACAUAUCUUGACGCUCGCCGGCGUCUUGCUGACGUGCGGGCUAGCCGUGGAUACUAUCCCGUGGUUGCCGUUGUUCCUGGGGCCGAUUCGCAGCUGCCUGUGGCCGCCGCGCCGUCAAGCUGGCCAUUGGGCAUCGCAAUGCCCUAUGCCAGCUUCCACCCCUCCGCCUCUUUCCUCACAAAGCUCGGCCAAGCUCUGGAGUUGUGCGCCUUCCUCCACAUUCAUGCCCUUCCUGCCUGGACUUGGCCCCGUGUGUGGCAGCACCUCCUAGCUCAGGUUCUGGAGUUGUGCUCUGGAGUUGUGCGCCUUCCUCCGCGUUCAUGCCCUACCUGCCUGGACUCGGCGCUGUGUGUGGCUGCACCUCUGGGCUCCAGCCCUGGAGUUGUGCGCCUUGCUUACCAUCACCUCUGGACUUCUGUGUCGGUGUUUCUUCUGAUGCCAUUGCUGCUCCUGUUGGGUUCUUCGUGGUUGGUUGCCUCGUUCGCUUCGCAGCCAAGUGCCCACACUAUGCCAGCCUACCCUUCUUGCAAUGGCGCUGCCUAUCCGGCCUGCUCACCCCUUGGCUCGUUGGACUCUUCCGGGUUGUUUGUUCAACAGGAUGGUGGUGCCUCUGCCAUGCUCGGGGGCCACCGUCCCGUCAUGCAUGCAAUCAACCAUUUGAUCUCCAAAGGUCUUCGCCCGGAACUUGUGCAGUUUAGCCGCGCCUCUAAGACCUUUCUGUUCGGGGGCGACGCCUCGGCCAAAGCGAACUGGAGUGUGCAUCUUCCGGUGUUCAUCCGUGGCACUCCUGGCCGGCUUCAGGUAUUUAUCGUCGAAGGGGACACUCCGAUACUCAUGGGUCGUCCUGUUCUGAAGGCUCUCCAGGUGAAGACGGAUUUCGAGAACGAUCGCUGCUCCGUCCUUGGGGGCGAAUACACCACUGCCAUUCUGGGCGAUCGGGGAGAGUUCUUGCUUCAGUUAGACGAGGGCAUGGAUGAGGACUCGAUGUGUCAGUCAUGGGUCUUUGAUCUCAUGACAGACGAAGUUGCCACUGCCUUUUCUCAUGAUGUGGUUCCCCUGGUGUCCAUGGGGGAUUAUCUUUCCGAGACUGGGCGGCCGGGCCCAGAGGUAGCCAAUGCAUGUGAGGACUCUGCGCCUAAGGUUGGAGUUGAUCCGACGGCCUCUCGUUUCAACUCUUCCUUGUUAGAGCCAGCAGGUUCCGUUGGCCACCUCACCCCGAAGCUUCUCAAGUCUCUUGAUGUGGCGGUUCGCCAAGCCACAAACGCCAUGAAUCGAUGUCUCGAGGAGGUUUUGUGGACAACGCUCGAUACACCUCCUGUUUUCUGGGAAGUGUAUUCGGGCUCUGGCAACCUUGCCAAGGCCAUGGCCAAACGCGGCUUCUGUGUUAGAACCUUUGAUUUACCGGAGUGGGAUUUCCGCAUUUUGUCUCAUCGGAAAGCUUUUCGCGUUUUGUUGGAGCAAGAGCGUCCGCACAUCGUUUGGAUGACCCCCAGCUGUCGUCCGUGGUUGCAGUCGCGAAGCCUCUCGGCUCUGAAUCCACAUCGACGCGAGCUCUUGGAGAUAGAGCGCUGGGCAGUGACCUUGCAUCAGUGUGCUCUGGGAGUCACGCACGAGUGUUUGUACCAUGCCUUGUCCGUUGAUUGCCCUGGUCAUCCAGUGCACUUCACUGCCAUCGGCUCUUCGCCGGACUCCUUCACCUCUACAUCUCAUCAGCCAGUUAUGUGCGAGGCGUUGGCCACUGCAUUGUCUGAAGCUUUGCCUUAUGCCCUCGACUCUCCAUCCCAGGAGUUCGCUCUCGCAGGAGACGAGUCACGGCUCGCUCACGUUGAGGCCGUUGAGGCCGACGCUUCUACACCCCAACCUGACGCUGAACCGGCUCCAGCGCACCGUAACUCCGGUGUGUUGGCGAGUUUGCUCUCAGAGAGACCGGCCGAAGCCCAACGUUUGAUUGGCCGCCUCCAUCGCAACCUUGGGCACCCCUCUCCGAAGCAGCUCGCGGACGAGCUUAAGUCGCGAGGCGCCUCGGCUGUGUUGGUAGAAGCUGCCCGCGCGUUUCAAUGUCCAGUGUGUGCGCAGUUGGCGCCGCCGCAUCAGACUCCGAAGUCCGGUCUUCGCACGGCCAAAACCUUUAACGAACGGCUGUUAGUUGACACCCUGUGGAUCAGUCUGCCUGGCGGUCCAACGGUACCGGUGCUGGCGAUGCUCGAUGCCUCGACUCGAUUCCUCUCCGCUCGCCCUAUCACCUCGGAGUCCUCAGCACAGUUUCUGCAGGGGGUAGAGCGUGGGUGGAUUCGGCUCUUCGGUCCCCCGCAGGUUCUUCAGGUUGAUGCACAUCCUUCGUGGAGCUCAGCUGCCGCUCGAGAUUGGGCUACCGAGCACAGCAUUGAGCAUCAAGUGCUUCGUCGGGCCAUUGACGUGUUUGUCGCCUCUACGGGCGGGCACACCCAUGAUGACCUCAAGCGUGCGUUGGAUUUGGCUAAGCUCGACCUUAGAGCAGCUGCCGGCAAGGCAGUGAUCGAAGCCGACAGUGAUGAGCGACUUCGGCGUGCUCUGUUGAGGAAAAGCCGGGUUUCCUCAACUGUGUUUCAAGUGGGUCAACGCGUUUUCUACUGGAGGGAUGGUUCUGGUGUAGGGCCUCGGGUUCGUUGGAAGGGACCUGCCACAGUCGUCAUGGUUGAAAACGAUGACCGUCAAAGCCGCCAGAGCGUGAUUUGGCUCGUGCGCGGGGCCCAGCUUAUCCGUGCUGCGCCGGAACACCUACGCAGGGAUCUACUGUCUGAAGAGCCUGUCGGCCAAGCCCCUGCUCAAGCCCUUGAGGCUUUGCGCAAGCGUGGGCCCACAUCCUACUUAGAUCUUCCACGCUCCAAUCGCCGCCCCCUUGAGGACCUGUGCUCAGAAGAUGAGUCGUUUGAGCCUGAUCCGAAGAUGCGUCGUGUCGAGCAGUCCGUGCAGCCUUCCUCGGCUGCGCCUGCCCCUCCGCCUGCAGCAUCAACGUCUGAGUUUCCUGUGCAACCGACUGUGACAGGCGAGCCAGCCCCUGAAGACCACCUCAGCGAUUACAGCCCUUCAGAGAUGGCUUCUGAGGAGCCAGCUGCCGCACCAGUACCCGCGCAAGACAGCCCAGCUCCUCCCUCGGUGCAGCCGCAGGCCUCUCCCACUACAGCUGAGGGCAGCAACCGCGAACAUCCGGCAACCAAGCCUCGUUCAACUGAGCAGCCUUCCGGCUCCCCUCCGCCGUCUGCGCCAGACACAAGUUCUCUCCACCCUUCGUUUGCGCCUCCCAGUGUCCCUGAAACUUUCGCGCAACGGAGAGCACGGGUCGACCAGCAAGAGACCUUCAGUUUUCGAGUGCCUUUUUACGGUGCCGCUCGCCCCCCGCCGUACCGGCACGGCCCGUAUGCGCCACCGCCAGACGAGGAGGCGGAACACGCGCUCGUUUGCGACGUGCUGGAACAGUCCACUAUGUCGCUGCCGCCUGGUUGGCGCUGCGAUGCGCAAGGCGGCAUGGCACUGGAUGGUGUUUUUGAUCAGUGGGAGUGGCGCGGUCGCAGCCUUAUCCGGCGACAUUAUGUCGCCCGAGAUUCUCUGUUUGAUCCUCGUUCCCCGGGUGACUGCCCGGUCCCCGUGCAGUGGUUGAGCAAGGGCCGCUCGACUUGGCGCGGACGCCAAAGGCACGACGACCGUUGGCGAAGUGACCUAAAGUCGUCGUCGGGCAGUGCCUUCUGGACUGGUUGCACCGCCUUCAAGAUCCAGCCUCGCUACCUGGAGCAAGCGAAGGAGCAGUUCUUCGCUGUCAGUGAAGGUCAUGAGUCCUUCUCAGGGGUGUAUCUAGGAGCUGGCGCCACGAAGAAGGCCAGCAGUCUCGACGAGAGAACGCUGUCUUUAAGUGACCAGCUAUUGUUCCAACAAGCUAAGCGCAAAGAGCUCGAGAGCUUCUUCCAAAAUGGGGUUUGGCAUUUCGACGACCAGUCAUCUGCACCAGCAGGGCGUGUGCUGAAGGCACACUUCAUCCUGAAGUGGGCGAAGCAUCCUGAUGGAUCGCCGCGUGCGAAAGCACGCCUUAUCACCCAGGGCUUCAAAGACCCAGACGCGCUCAACGGACUGGUUGACCGCAUGUCGCCUACACUGACUCGUCUUGCUCGACACAUCAUGCUCUCUUUGGCGGCCACGCUGAAGUGGCAGGUGUGCACAGGUGACAUCUCUACUGCGUUCCUGCAAGGAAAAGAGCAUGACAGCUCCCGUACCUUAUGGAUCAGGCUGCCCGCCGAUGCUCGUAAAAUGUUGGGUGUGACUUCGGCAUCCUCCGUCAUGCGGCUUCGAAAGCCAAUGUAUGGGUUAGUGGAUGCACCUAGAGCAUGGUAUGCUGAAGCCACUGCUCGUCUCGAGUCCCUCGGAUUCCGACGGCACCCACUCGACCGAUGUUUAUUCCUUUAUCAUGACCCCAACAAGCUCGAUGAGCAAGGUCGUCCCACUCUUGUAGCCAUGAUCGGCAUGUAUGUUGACGACUUGUUGUGCAUAGGGGAUGCAAGUGAUGAUCGCUUCAACAGUGUUGUCACGAAGCUGCGUGAUGCCUUUGCCUUCAGGGAGUGGCACCAAGGUGAAGAGUCGGUGGAAUACCUCGGUGCUCAAGUUGACCGCUUGCCCGACGAUACCUUGAAGUAUCACCAGAACAAAUACCUCAGCAAGCUUCAUCCCAUCACUGUCGAAAAGGGCAGACUCGCAAAUCCAUCUACGCCAGUCACGGACAAAGAGCGGACCAAACUGAGGGCGUUGAUUGGAGGCCUCCAGUGGGCUGCGACUCAGUCUGCCCCACAUGUGCAACCUCUUACCUCUUUCCUUUCCGGACAGACUUCCUCAGCCAAGGUAUCUACACUCCAGGCUGCCAACAAGGCCUUGAGGUAUGCCAAGCAAAAUGCCGAUGUCGGGUUGUUGUAUUCAUUCUUGGGUCCUUUAGAAGAUUUAGUCGUAGUGGGUUACUCAGACGCAUCCUUCGCCAAUCGGGAAGAUCUCUCGUCACAGGGUGGAUACCUGGUGACCCUCUGUCACAGGGAUGCCCUUGAGCAAGGCGUUGCGUUCGCUUAUCAUGUUCUGGAUUGGCGUUCUUUCCGCCUGCCACGCAUUGCGCGAUCCACCCUCUCAGCCGAAAGCCAAGCAGCUGCCGAAGCGGCCGACGCAGUUUACUACGCGUCCUUGUUUCUCAAGUGUUGCCUGGAUCCUGGCUUGGAUUUGGCCGCUCCAGGUGCCGCAGCCUUGGCGCAUCCGUCUGCCUUGGUCGUUGACGCUAAAGCCCUGUACGACCUCUUGGCUAAGGAUGAGCUUCAGGCAGCGCUGGGUGCUGAAAAACGCACGGCUGUGGAAGUGUUAGUCACCAAGCAGAAGCUCUCAGAAGCCAAUGCGGCCCCUCGCUGGGUGAGUUCAGAACGUCAGCUGGCUGACGGACUGACUAAGGAGAGUGCUUCGCAACUUCUUGCCAACCGUUUGCGGACCCACCGAAACCGUCUGCAAGACGACCGCACCUACGAGGCUGCACGACGUAAAGACCCGGAGCGACGACAGGCCUCCGCCAACGAGUUUGCCUUGACUCGUGCGCAGGCAGUUGGUUGUGCUUUCGUCGCCUCUUCACCCAAACUCCCCGACUCUGUCGAAACCUCCACCGGUUUGGAGUGGUUUGAUGUGUGGCUUGCCGUGUUAACUACGUUUGUUGGACUCCUCCUUGCAAGAUGCCUCUUGGUUCCUUGGACUUGGGUUCCUCGACGGCUGGUCCUUCAGGAGCGAACCACGCAAACUGUCGAGCGCCCCAUUGACCAUACUGCUUCCCAGACCACGACCUCAAGUUCGCCCGUUUCCAACUCCGAAGUGCAAACCCAAGUGUGGCAGCCCGUACUUGUGGAUGCGGCAAUUCAGACUGAUCAGGUUGCAGAUCGCCGGGGCCACUCGCUAAGCGAAUUACCCCAGGUGUCGGCUGAGGUUCCCUUCAAUGCCUGCUCCUUCAGCAAUCCCCAGUGA